GAAAACACAAAAAAAAUUCCUCUUUUUUUCUUCUACACGAUGAACGACAGAGAGGAAGAUUCAGACUACCUCCGCCUCACCCUCUCACCACCCAGACAGAGCUCCUGCUACACCAGAUACUCCUCCGACUCUGCCCCCACCUCCGCCUCUGCUCCAGUUCUCGAAACUCCCUGGCCCAACAGUACCACAACCCGCCUCAUUGCUGCCUCCAGUCCUCUUGUGGAAACUCUCUGGUCUGGCACUACUACCACCACACCCAGCAUUACCACAGGUAGGGGCAGCACCCCUGCUGCCCGACCGCGCCGGACAGCAGCAAGUGGUAGUGCCACGGUGGGCGGGGCAGCACCGAGCCGGGCCAAGGAGGAGCGCAUUGUAGCGCCCUACCCGUGGGCAACGGAACGACGGGCAGUGGUGCACUCGCUGGACUAUUUGCUGAGUCAGGGGAUUCUCAGCAUUCGGGGUGAUUUGGUGUGCAAGCGGUGCGAUGGGAAGGAGAGCAGGGAUGUGGAUUUGCAGUCGGGCUUUCUUGGGCUCAGCUCUUUUUUUCUGGGCAGUAAGGACACCAUGCAUGACAGGGCACCUAAGGUCUGGAUGGUUCCACGACUUCUCGAUUGUGGGCUCUGCCACCAGUCUGAUUGCGUUAAGCCUGUAAUUGAUGACAAGAAGAGGAGAAUAAACUGGCUCUUUCUUUUGCUCACCCAGACUCUGGGGCUCUGUACUCUGGACCAGUUAAAGUACUUUUGCAAGCAUACUAAGAAGCACAGGACAGGGGCUAAGGACCGUGUGCUCUAUCUUACCUACGUGGGGCUUCUUAAACAACUCAAUCCAUCUGGGCCUUACGAGUAGAAAGAAUUUAUGAAUGUCUGUCUUUCUUUUACUAAUUGGAUCGACUGACAGUAUUUUUAGUCUGUUUCUGCCACUUUCUGCUAUAACAUGGCCCUUAAAAGGCAUCCCUUACAAGCUCCUCUGUGUACCAUCCAUCACCACCUUGGAAUAUUUUUGCUGAUGUUGGGUUAAGUUUGCCGUUUAUCAGCAUUCUAUUUUCCGUUUCAUGAUUGCUUUAUAAACCCUAAUUCUCAUGAUUUUCGCCUUCUCCGACUUCUGUCCUGUUUAAUGGGUUCUUUGGAUUUUGUGUUUCUAUGUCUCAGAGUUUUCUCGGUAGAGACAUAUUGAUUUUGAACUUUCCAAGUCUACAAAAUUUGAACUUUCUUACUUGUAUAAUAAAUUGGGAAAUGUAAAUAAAGGUAGCAGAGCUUUGCCAUGUGGAAUUGGAAUUAGUCUUUGCAAUCA